CUGCUCCAAACCAGAUGCUCAGGAACCUAAACCAAAGGCUAAACUCAGACGAGAGAGAGAAGGACGCAUGGUGUGUACUUGAAGGAUGAAAAGAAAUUAAAAAAAAAUAUAUUAAUACUCUUUAUUUCUGUCGGAAGUGUCUGAGAUAGUUGUGAUAGUAUCAAACUAAAGGAUCUUAUAAUGGCCCUGCAAAAUGGAAUGGGACUUUGAUUUUUACAAACAUUUUGCAUGGCUGAAAAAGGUCAAUGUGCAAGGCCCAGGCAAUGGUGAGAGCUACCAGGAGCGACUGUCUCGUCUAGAAGGGGAUAAAGAAUCUCUUGUAUUACAGGUGAGUGUGUUGACGGAUCAGGUGGAGGUUCAGGGAGAAAAAAUCAGAGACCUGGAGAAUUCUCUUGGGGAAUAUCAGCACAAACUCCACUCCACUGAGGUGAUGCUUCAACAGGAGCUUCUGAGCAGGAGUUCUCUAGAGUCACAGAAGCUGGGGUUGAUGGAGAAAGUGUCCUAUCUAAAACUGAAGCUGGGGAACAUGGAGGACAAACACAUCAACAGUGCUGAGAGACAACAUAAAGCUGAGAGCGUAGUGAAUCUGAUUAGUGAGCUUCAGGAGCAGAUGUGUAGGAUUCGGCAGGAGAUCUCUAUUAAGAUCCCAGAGAAGCCAGUGGAGAUGGUCCCAGAGGAAGGUUGUGGCAGUGAGCCAGUGCAAGCCUUUCUGAUUGAGCCAAAGCCAGUGAACCUGCUCCAGGAGCUCAAGACGCUCAAGCAUCGAGUUGACGAGCUGGAACAAGAGAAGAUGCAGUAUGAGCAGAAGCUUAAGGUGACACAGGCAGAGAUCAUAAGUUUACAGCAUCUGUUAAGCUGUAAGAACUCUGAAAUAGAGAAUCUACAGGCUCAGCUGCUCUCCAGUGCUCCAGUGUCUGUGGACAGUGCAGAAAAAGAGGAGAUAUACAGAAGGAGACUCAAUACCAAACAUCAAGAGCUACAAAGGUUAAAGACAGGAAUGGAAUCACUUAUUGCUGCCAAUAAUGAAAAGGAUCGUCGAAUAGAUGAGCUCACUCUCCUCCUCAGCCAGUUUAAAGAGAUGAAUGACGUCAUGAUUUUAGUUCAAGGCACCGGAGAUAAAUCAGCAGUGAAGAACAGCAGCGUUGAUGGAAAGCAGAACGGGACCGUAAAUAUGAAGACUUUAACACAUAAAGCUCACACUGAGUUGUCCUUCAGUAGCUCAUCUCCUCUAUUGCUGUCUUCAGUUUCUUCUCAGAAAGAUGCAAACUCCAGGUCCAUCAGUAUGGAGGACUUUAAAAGCAACUCAGCACAAAAGGUUGUGGAUGGGAAACUGGUAGAGCCUGUUCUAUCAGAGGAGAUUCAACCAGCUGAUAACAGACAUCAGACACUCCCAGCAGUGUUGAGUCACCCAGAGAAUAGAGACAGUAAGACGAGUGACACAUCAGACCAGAGGACUACAGAGAACAAAAAUGAAGACAUCAAACUUAGCAUUACAGAGAAAAUGAAGGACACAACCACUUCUGAUCUUUCUUCAGUGUGUUCUGGAGCCGACUCUGGCCAGCAGUCUCCUGUGUUACAGGAAAACAUCAAAAAUACCAGCAUACGCAAACUUUGGGGAAAGAUGAAGAGGACAGGUGUUCUGGCAGAUGACUUGGAGCCCACUCAGUUCAGGAGAGGAGGGUUCAGGGCUACAGCUGGGCCACGGCUAACACGAACCCCUGAUUCUGGACACUCAUCCCGUUCCCACACACCCUUCUCUAAGUGGACGACAGAGCAGGUGUGUGGUUGGCUCGAAGACUGUGGUUUGGGUCAGUAUGUCAGUUUGGCCCGGCAGUGGGUGGAUAGUGGACAAACCCUGCUAUCUGCCACCCCACAGGAGCUUGAGAAGGAGAUUUGUAUUAAACAUCCUCUGCACAGAAAGAAGCUGCAACUCGCUCUAAGAGCUUUUAGUAACAAGACAAUGGAGAAACCAUCAGAACUGGAUCACAUCUGGGUUACACGUUGGCUUGAUGACAUUGGUUUACCACAGUACAAAGAUCAAUUCUACGAAAGCAAGGUUGAUGGCCGCAUGCUACAGUAUUUAACAGUGAACGAUCUCUUGUUCCUGAAAGUCACCAGUCAGCUCCAUCAUCUGAGCAUUAAAUGUGCCAUCCAUGUCCUCCACGUCAACAAGUUUAACCCAAACUGCUUGAGGCGCAGGCCAGGGGAUGAGAAUAAGACAUCGCCCUCUGAGGUGGUGCAAUGGUCCAACCAUCGAGUGAUGGAGUGGUUGAGGUCAGUGGAUUUGGCUGAAUAUGCUCCAAACCUGAGAGGCAGUGGCGUUCAUGGAGGCCUAAUUAUCCUAGAGCCUCGCUUUCACUCUGAGACCUUGGCCAUGCUGCUCAACAUCCCUCCUCAGAAGACCCUCCUCAGACGCCACCUCGCCACCAACUUCAGCAUGUUGGUGGGGCUCCAGGCCCAACAGGAGAAACAAGAGUUUGCCAACGCCAGUGGGCAUACACCCCUUACCACUACUGCCAAAGUUAGGCCAAAGAAGCUUGGCUUUACUCACUUCAGACAACUGAGAAAGCUCAGGAUGGAUGAAUCGGCAGAUUAUAUCUGCCCCAUGGAUACAAGAACCUCACCAGUCCUUAGUGGGACACCAAAGCGGCCUUACGCAAGCUUCAGGGGCAUCAGCCCUAUCCUGACCAGAGACUCAGAAAGACUUGAGCAGGUUGGGACUAAGAGCUGAUUUACUGCUUCUUCAGUUCAACUAAUCUUAGCUAAACAAUGCCACGCUUACUGCCAGUAACAACAUCAAGUGCCAUCACUGCAGUAAUACCACCUUGAUGCUUGAACCUCAUCAAUAACAAGACAAGAAUAGAUUCUUCAGUGUAUCAUCUGGAAUCUGGAUAUACUGGAAUAGACUCAGCAUGAGCUCCAAUAAAAAAGAAAAUUAAUAUAAAUUAUAUAUAGGAAAUUAUUGUUAUUAUUAUUGUUAUUAUUAUUAUUAUUAUUAUUAUUAUUAUUAUUAUUAUUAUUAUUAGUCUUUAGGUAGUUCCAAUGCAUGAAUGAAAUAUCCUCUUGAAGGCUUAAUUUGAGUUUCUUGAUUUUAUUACUUAACAAAUAAUGUAUACCUAUCCCUGGCACAAAAAUGAGUUUUUGAUCUGUAUAUAUAUAUUUUUUUUUUUUUAGUGUGUGGAAAACUUCUGCUGAUUUGUUUACAAAAAAAAUAUUUUAUGUCCAAUAAACUGUUUCUUUCUCUUU